GUUCGCAACCCUAGAAAAAGUUAAAAAACACGCACAAAAUGCAGGGACUAGGAAAUUAAGCCGGGAAAUUCGGGCUAACCAGUAAUUAACGAUAUAUAUAGAGAGGAAAAAAAAAGAAAAAAAUAAGCGUCAGCAGUGUUCCUGGUAGAGGAUCCAUUGUUGCGGAUUCGAUUCUAACCUUCUUCAAAAAACAGAACAAUUUCAUUAUGAGAUCAACGUAUUCUUGCUUCCAGCAAUGAAUAUGGAUUAAAUGUUGUCUCCGUUUAAUCAGUUUCUUUGAACUAAUUGAAGCGCAAGGUCUGUUUCUCCGUCUUCACUAACAAAAAAGAUACAUUCUUUUGUUGUUGCUUCUUCGGAUUCGUUUCAUUCUUGUUAGGGUUAGGGUUUGAAUUUCUGAUCCUCCUGGUAGCUGGAGACACCUUUAAUGGUGGACUUUGAGCGAGAGCUAUUAUUAUGUUAAGGAGGGUGAACGGUGUGCGUUUGGUUUCCAAUUUCAUGGCUUCAUUAACGCGCAACGGGCUCCCUCAGACACCGUCAAUUGACCGCGGCGGUGCCGGGAACACCUUCAGGGUUUUCCGUAGGAAUGCUACAGUCGAUAAUUACAGUCCUAAAAGCAGCAGGGGGAUUGGAUUGAUUCUCAGAAGCUGUCACGAUUCCCAAAAAGCUACCGGCAGUGAUCAGAAAGGUCGAGCGACUCAGGGUUUUCCCGAAUUGAUGCGCGACUUGGAGGUUGGACUCAAUGGAGAUGCUAGUACGGAUGUUAGAUUGAUGACUGCUCGAGGCGGCUCUUCUAGGCCUGUUGGAUUUUGUGACAAUUCUGUGCCCAAGAAGAUGGCUGUUGCUGUUGAUGUUGAUGAAGUUCUUGGGAACUUUUUAUCAGCUCUGAACAAGUUCAUCGCAGACCAUUACUCCUCUAAUCAUUCAGUUUCUGAGUACCAUGUAUACGAGUUCUUCAAGAUCUGGAACUGCUCCCGCGAUGAAGCUGAUUUCCGUGUGCAUGAGUUCUUCAAGACCUCGUAUUUCAAGAAAGGGAUCCACCCACUUCCAGGUGCUCGGAAAGCACUUCAUAAGUUGUCGAGAUUUUGUAAUUUCUCCGUCGUGACGUCACGGCAGAAUGCAAUCAAGGACCAUACAAUUGAGUGGAUUGAGAGGCAUUACCCGGGACUAUUUCGGGAGAUUCACUUUGGAAACCACUUUGCCCUUGACGGAGAGUCUAGGCCCAAGUCAGAAAUAUGCAGGUCAUUAGGAGCAAAUGUUCUGAUUGAUGAUAAUCCAAGAUAUGCUGCCGAGUGUGCUGAAGCAGGAAUCAAGGUUCUGCUUUUCGAUUACGAGAACUCCUAUCCAUGGUGCAAGACAGAAUUGGUUAAUAAACACCCCCUUGUGACUAAAGUUGAGAAUUGGGAAGAAGUGGAGCAAAAGUUACUUUCAUGGAUUGCUUUGUUGUAAAAAAUAUUGAACCGCAGGAUUCAAAAUGCACGAGUACUUGGUCUCAAGACAAUCGAAAUUACAUUUUUAUGAUGCCAGAGCCAUGGGAUGACAAUAACCUCGGUCUUUGGUUUAGUGGCCGUGAGGGGGUAAGCUAUGGUGCUGCUGUUUGAGGUGGUGUAGAAGUAGAGUGGACGUGAUGCAUGGUCCUUAUGUUGUGGUGUGAACUGCGAAGGCUGGCCUGCAUAAACACCCUUAAUUUUUUUGAUAACACUUGAUUCAGACUGAAUAUAUGUGAAUCCCUCCCUUGUCAUCUGUGGUCUACAAAUUUGUAGUGACAGCCUAAUACUUCUUGACCAUAAAAUGUGAAACAAUAGGAAUUGCAUUAGUUGAAACU